UCCACCCGCCUCGGCCUCCCAGAAUGCUGGGAUUACAGAUGUGAGCCCCUGCGCCUGGCUGUAUGUGUGUGUUUACACUACUUCCAUGUGUAUAUAGUUAAAUUUCAUGUGAGCCUUAUGUCAAAAUGAGAGACCUAUUCCUAAUCAUAAUACGCGUUUUACAGUUUGAGUUACUUUCAGAUUUCUUUGAGAAAGCAAAAGUGGCACCAUCAUCUUUCACCAAUAAUAGCUACCAUGUGUUGCAUUUCUAUGUCCCAAGCACAACGCAUACACACUUAAGAUCUAAUCUUCACGGUAACCUCAUAUGGUCAGUAUCUGAGAAAUCGGCUUAGUGCCUGAGCCUCAGAACCCAAUAUAGUUGUUUAGCUAAGGAAGUACCAAGACCGUAGAUACAUUGCAUGUUUUAUUUAUAAGCCAUGUAACACAUAAAUAUGGAUGAUUUGAACCAGUUGAUUGUGGAUGUAAAGGCAGGCUCACUCAUUCCUGUUAAUGAAAGCAGAGUCUCCUUGUCCCAGGACUUGUUCAUUGUUAUCUGAAACUGGAGAUUCAGGUGUUUCCAGAGCCAAGCUUUUCACUGCAGUGAAGUCUGUGCCCUACUUCACUAAAGAAACUCUGGUUACAAGGUUUAGUUAGCUAUCACUUUGUGAGCCUGGAAGGGCUAAUUCAAAGUCAUUGUUGUGUUCUCUGUUUCUUUGUUGUUGAUAGGGUGAUAUUGAUGCACUUGGAUUUGAAAGAAUUUCUUAUAAAACCUGUGACAUAAGGACCGCCUAUGGCUGCGGUAGCAGUGAGAGAAGCUCUCAGAAGGUGCACAUUCCUCCUUGUUCAUUUUUAAGCGGCUUCCAAAGCUGCUGUUGAUGAUGCCUGAUGCUGCUUUGAAGGCAGAAAACCAACAGUGAGAUCAAGAAUUGUUCUCUAAUGAUCUUGCUUCACCAUGGCUACAAAUAUGGAGGGGCUGGUUCAGCACAGAGUGGGGACCCAGCAGGUGGCUGAGGUAACACGUACACAGACCUCUCGGCCGGAAUCUCCAGGGAUGACCAGCCCCUCCCCACGCAUCCAGAUAAUCUCCACCGACUCUGCUGUAGCCUCACCUCAGCGCAUUCAGGGCUCUGAACCUGCCUCUGGCCCAUUGAGUGUUUUCACCUCUUUGAACAAAGAGAAGAUUGUCACAGACCAGCAGACAGGACAGAAGAUCCAGAUAGUCACCGCAGUGGACGCCUCCGGAUCCCCUAAACAGCAGUUCAUCCUGACCAGCCCAGAUGGAGCUGGAACUGGGAAGGUGAUCCUGGCUUCCCCAGAGACAUCCAGCGCCAAGCAACUCAUAUUUACCACCUCAGACAACCUUGUUCCUGGCAGGAUCCAGAUUGUCACGGAUUCUGCCUCUGUGGAGCGUUUACUGGGGAAGACGGACGUCCAGCGGCCCCAGGUGGUAGAGUACUGUGUGGUCUGUGGCGACAAAGCCUCUGGCCGUCACUAUGGGGCUGUCAGUUGUGAAGGUUGCAAAGGUUUCUUCAAAAGGAGUGUGAGGAAAAAUUUGACCUACAGCUGUCGGAGCAACCAAGAUUGCAUCAUCAAUAAACAUCACCGGAACCGCUGUCAGUUUUGCCGGCUGAAAAAAUGCUUAGAGAUGGGCAUGAAAAUGGAAUCUGUACAGAGUGAACGGAAGCCCUUCGAUGUGCAACGGGAGAAACCAAGCAAUUGUGCUGCUUCAACUGAGAAAAUCUAUAUCCGGAAAGACCUGAGAAGUCCCCUGAUAGCCACUCCCACGUUUGUGGCAGACAAAGAUGGAGCGAGACAAACAGGUCUUCUUGAUCCAGGAAUGCUUGUGAACAUCCAGCAGCCUUUGAUACGUGAGGAUGGUACAGUUCUUCUGGCCACGGAUUCCAAGGCUGAAACAAGCCAGGGAGCUCUGGGCACACUGGCAAAUGUAGUGACCUCGCUUGCCAACCUAAGUGAAUCUUUGAACAACGGUGACACUUCAGAAAUCCAACCAGAGGACCAGUCUGCAAGUGAGAUUACUCGGGCAUUUGAUACCUUAGCUAAAGCACUUAAUACCACAGACAGCUCCUCUUCUCCAAGCCUGGCAGAUGGGAUAGACAACAGUGGAGGAGGGAGCAUCCACGUCAUCAGCAGAGACCAGUCAACACCCAUCAUUGAGGUUGAAGGCCCCCUCCUUUCAGACACACACGUCACAUUUAAGCUAACAAUGCCCAGCCCAAUGCCAGAGUACCUCAACGUGCACUACAUCUGUGAGUCUGCAUCCCGUCUGCUUUUCCUCUCAAUGCACUGGGCUCGGUCAAUCCCAGCCUUUCAGGCACUUGGGCAGGACUGCAACACCAGCCUGGUGCGGGCCUGCUGGAAUGAGCUCUUCACCCUCGGCCUGGCCCAGUGUGCCCAGGUCAUGAGUCUCUCCACCAUCCUGGCUGCCAUCGUCAACCACCUGCAGAACAGCAUCCAGGAAGAUAAACUUUCUGGUGACCGGAUAAAGCAAGUCAUGGAGCACAUCUGGAAGCUGCAGGAGUUCUGUAACAGCAUGGCGAAGCUGGAUAUAGAUGGCUAUGAGUAUGCAUACCUUAAAGCUAUAGUUCUCUUUAGCCCCGAUCAUCCAGGUUUGACCAGCACAAGCCAGAUUGAAAAAUUCCAAGAAAAGGCACAGAUGGAGUUGCAGGACUAUGUUCAGAAAACCUACUCGGAAGACACCUACCGAUUGGCCCGGAUCCUCGUUCGCCUGCCGGCACUCAGGCUGAUGAGCUCCAGCAUAACAGAAGAACUUUUUUUUACUGGCCUCAUUGGCAAUGUUUCGAUAGACAGCAUAAUCCCCUACAUCCUCAAGAUGGAGACAGCAGAGUAUAAUGGCCAGAUCACCGGAGCCAGUCUAUAGUACACACCACACACCUGCCAAGGAGCAACAGAAUCCUACCGGGACCGUUCACAUACAAAGAAAAGAAAAGUAGUGGUAUUUUGGUAUGUGCAAAUAUUUCCAUAUGUUAGCCGUUUCCUGUCUGGUUUCUCCUUAUCUGUUAAUCCCAGACAAUGGCAAUUAAAAGACUAGUAGGAUCCUUUCCUGACAUAAGAAAUGUUUUAACGCCUUUUGAUGAAGCAGCAGAUUUUGGAGCAAUCUUUUAACUCAAUUUGUAUUUAGAAAUUCUCAAAGGGCAAAAAAAAAAAAAGAAAAAAAAAAGUUUUAUAAUGUCAGAGACUAGUAUUAAAGAAAACUGAAAGAACCU